GCUAUGUUGGGUCUACAGUCGAGUUUGGGGUCCCUAAAGAUGACCCUCUUCAGUGUACUGCUACUGCAUCUUACUGUAUUGGUCCUUGGCACAGCAUCAGCGCCUUCUGAGACGCACGAGACUGCUGAAGAAUCAUCGCCCGUUUCAGCCGGUGGUAUGGGACUAGUGCCUCAACUUGAAGACUCAUCAUCGGCCGAAAACGCCGAAUUGGAUUUCGUCAAACGACUUUAUGACUUCGGUCUCGGGAAACGAGCCUACAGCUACGUGUCCGAAUACAAGAGACUACCUGUUUAUAACUUUGGCCUGGGCAAGAGAAGUAAGAUGUACAGCUUUGGGCUGGGGAAGCGGUCGGGGACUGAAGGUAGGCUGUAUUCUUUCGGCCUCGGUAAACGGGACUACGACGAUUACGCUGAAGAGAAUGAAGACGAAGAUCAAACGAACGGAGAUGAGGAGUUUGAAGACUCUGAUCUGGAUCUUAUGGAGAAACGUGAGAGGCUUUAUUCAUUUGGUUUAGGAAAGAGAGCAAGACCUUACAGUUUCGGACUUGGAAAGCGAAGCCCUUCUUCAGGUAUUCAGCGACUCUAUGGGUUUGGUCUUGGCAAGAGGGGAGGUUCUUUGUACAGUUUUGGACUCGGCAAACGUGCUGAUGGCCGACUAUAUUCUUUCGGACUAGGGAAGAGACCUGUCAAUUCUGGUAGACAAUCUGGGAGUCGUUUCAAUUUUGGCCUUGGAAAAAGAUCUGACAUAGAUUAUAAUGAAUUUGAUGACGAACUUGGGGAGGAAGCAAAGGGAUUUCCCCAAGGACAUAGAUAUUACCUUGGGCUGGGAAAACGAGAGGUGGCUCCCAGUGAACUAGAUGCCAUCAGGAAUGAAGAACGAGAAAAGAUAAAUUAUCGGGAUGAAAGCAGGAAGAACGAGACUGCUGAAGGACACCACUCUGGCGAAAGAGUGAAAAGAAGUCUUCACUACGCUUUCGGCCUCGGCAAACGAGCGUACGAUCUG